AACAAAGAUCGUCAGAUUGGACGAAAUGAUCUUCGAUUUAAACUUAUAAAUAAAAGUUUAUUUCGAAAAACUGGUACUGGAGGGGGAGGACAAAAUGAUGUUGAUCUUCGUGAAAAACUCUCAAGGAACAGGGAGAUUUCUUUCAAAUCCAAUCCAAGAAGGAAUUUAAGAGAAUUCAGAACUUCUGGCACUGUAAGGCGACUGCCUCCUACAAGAAGUGUAGAUGAUUUACUUCAGUUGGAUUCAAAGAGAAAAUCUUACUCUUCACGGACUGUCGAUGAGAGAAGACAUAGAUCACCGGAUAAACUUAUUAGCAAUGCUAGGGCUUUUUACUCCCCAAGAAGUCAUGAGGAUGCUUCCAGACAUUCAAGUUUUAUUAAAAAUGGUCGAGUUAAUUCUUCAAGAACUAUUUCUUCUGUGGGCAAGACUGGACUUCUAAUUGAUGCAGGAAAGUCUGGUAUUCGAGAUUCUUCAUCUGGGAGCAUUAUUCACAGAAGCACACGUAAGCCUGAAGAACCAUUUACAGUUUCUAGCUUUCUGAAUGCAUUGGGUCUAGGAAAGUAUGCCAUUUUGUUUCAAGCAGAAGAGAUAGACAUGACUUCACUGAGGGAGAUGGGAGACCAUGACCUCAAGGAACUGGGUAUUCCCAUGGGACCUAGGAAGAAGAUUCUUCUGGCAGUAUUAUCUCAUACAAAAUACCACUAUUUGUGAGAUUGUCCACUUUGAUUUGAAAUUCUCAAUUACAUCAUGCUGUGGGUGUGUUGUACAUUAUCAAAAUAAUGAUCAUUUUCAUGUACUAGCUCCUAGCAUUCUGAGGUUCAUAAAGAAUGAUGACUUGAUGAAAACCAAAAACUACGAUAAAGGAAUGUCUAUUGUCUGGAGUCAUUCUUGUACAGACCAAGUUAUUGGAAGUCUAAUGUUGUUCUGAAAUGAAAAGAAAACACUUACAGAUGACGA